CGGACUCGAAUUUUUUCCUCCACAACAUCUAGAACCGACACAUCCCCCUUGCCCCUCUUCCCUUAUGUCUGUAAGAUGCUGUGUGCCAUUUCAGCGACGCAAUAGCCGCCUUCCUCUCGCCAUCCUUAUGACCACCCCUUCCAACCGAGAAGCUUCCCGGAUGACGAAUGACGUCAACAAGCCAUCUUUGUUCCCUUAAUGCAGCCGACUAUUUUUUUAUAUGUACAUAGCGACUCGGAGGACACCAGCAGUAGCGGUCCUGCCAGAAUAAAUAGCCACGGGCGAGGUGCGGCAGAAACCAAAUACACCGAACGGCGAUAACCAAAAGGGGGGAAAACGCAUCUUGACUGUAAACAUAAUCACUCCCUUUCCUCAGAACCAACAGGGGAUAGAUUCGGUCUGAGAAGGAGAAAGGGAGCGAGACACGGUUCAGGCAAACCACGGUUCAGCCAUUUAACGCUCCCUUCCGAGUGGACUAGCACGCGCUAAUAACCCUCAAUACGAGAUGUCUGCACCGGCCCCUGCCGCCCCUGCUGGUGAUGGCGCCCCUCAGCCCCCCCCCAACCUCACCAGCAACCGCCGCCUACAGCAGACACAGGCUCAAGUGGAUGAGGUGGUGGACAUCAUGCGUGUGAACGUGGACAAGGUUCUGGAGCGGGACCAGAAGCUGUCGGAGCUGGACGACCGGGCCGACGCCCUGCAGGCGGGCGCCUCCCAGUUUGAGACCAGCGCCGCCAAGCUGAAGAACAAGUACUGGUGGAAGAACGCUAAGAUGAUGAUUAUCCUGGGAGUGAUAUGUGUGAUUGUUCUCAUUGUGAUCAUCGUCUACUUCAGCACCUAAUUCGGGGGUCCCCCCGCACCUGUCAGCACUCAUGACGCCCAAUUCCAAGCAACAGAAACAGAAAACCCUUUGAAACUAUGAGGAAAAAAAAGAGCCCCACUGACUGCCCCAGUUAACUGCCCCAGCUCCCUGCCCCUGCCCCUGACCCUGCCCCUGACCCACCCCCUCUUCGCUUUGGGAUCCUCUGUCCUGUGAGUCCGCUGUUCUUGUAAAUAGUUCCUGCUUUUCUUAUCCGUAGUUAAAAAUAUGGUUCCAUUAUCAGCGUUAUUACUGACAAAACAACAACAAAAAACAAAAACAAAAACAAAAAAAAACAAAGACCAAGGCAAAUUAUUGUUAUAUACCAAGAUAUGAUGAUAUGAUAUAUAAUAUAUAUUUUUGUUUUUUGUAGAGUUUUAUUCUGAGAUAAUGUUUUUUGUAGGUUGUGUGUGGGUGUGUGUUUGUAUUUUUUUAAUUUUGUAUUGAUUUAUUUUUGCUUCAGAUUUUAACUACUGCCUGUUAUUUGGAGUGACUCUCUCUCGCUCUCUCUCUCUCUCUCCCCCUGUCUUUCUCUCUCCUUUUCUCUCUUUCACCUGUCUGUUUCUGUCUUGGAAGUUUCAAUGUUUCUCUGGAUUCUUGCACAGAGAACCGGUGUUAAUUUCCUUGAACAGUGCUUGUCAACCAGUAUUCACCCUCUCCCUCUCUCUCCCUCUCUCUCCCUCUCACUCUCUGUCUCUUUUCUUCCUGUGUAGCCCUCAGUAAGGCUUCUUCUUUCUGACUCUCCUCUUUUUAGUCUCCCUUCUUUUUUGUGAACUGCCACAGUAGAACUGGACCAACGUAUGCAGGCGUUACUUUCUAUUUUAAACUUUCUUUAGUGUCUUACCUCUUCAACAUUCCUCAAUAGCAGUGUAGUACUAUGCUGACUAUAUAACACAUAUAUGUAUAAGUGUGCUUAAAAAGUAAGAAAUUGAGUCUCGAGGCAUAAUCGCUAAAACUAAAUAACCCUUAACCGGCGUGAAGAGAACGAUUCUGCUGAAUAUUUUAAAAACAUUUUGUGAAGUACGCGCCCGGGAGGAGUGGGUAGUGCUCAGGAUCGAAACGCUGGUCCCAAACCUUGUGGGGACGUCGUCUGAACGAAUAUGUGUUAUUUGGGAACUAAGCCACGCCCCCCAGAAGCAAGCAGUGCUGUGUGCUUGCAGGGGCGGAGUUAACGAGGGUAAUGCUAAUGAGGGGAUGGGUCCUAAAUCAGAGGGCACGCUGUUGAUCGAUCGUUCUGCACGUGGAAAGACAAAACAAAAGUGAAUAUUACAUAAAUAAAAUAGUUUGUGUCUAGCCCAGUCUUAGACACAGUCGCACACACACAGAUAUUCCUGCCUACAGCUUUGUCUCCUGUUUCUCUAGAGGGGGGGAGUUGUUGAAAAUGAACACACCCAAAGAUGGGAAUUAAGCUGCACAGACCCCCUGGUCCACAAAGUCAGAAAGUCAGCAUGCCCCACACGCCCACAUGCCCACUGUCAGGAGGCCAACUGCCACGCCCCCUGAUUGUUUAAAAAAAGAAAAGAAAACUUCUGAUCCAGAGUGGAAUAUUUAAAGGGUAAUGUCUGCUUUUGCCACCUAAAUCCACCAAAGCACAAGAUGUUAGAACGCGGAAGUCCCCGGGGCAUUAUGAUGGCUGGAUGACAUCAUAAUGGGAAAUGAAUAGAAUGCGGAAUGCUGGCGGGUGGGCGGGGCUUUGCUGACGCUGCCACCCUGUUGCUUUUCUUUCCCUCCCAAGCUGCUGCCUUUGUUUCAGUUUUGAAAACGCGGAAAUUAUGAUAGAUUAUAUUUCUAUAGAUGUGUACAUAUGUAUUUUUAUGUGUGAGCCUCAGACAGACCGGCUCUCAGCUCUCUCAGGGUCCUUAACCUACUGCCACUCGAGGGCUGCCUCGUGUCUGUCUGCUGUCCCGUGUGUGUGUGUGUGUGUGUGUGUGUGUGUGUCCUGCUCUGUAGUGCUCACUGCCAGGCCGGGGGGGGGGGCCGGGGGUGGCCGGGGGGCGUUUACCCAGCGCUCCUACAGCACCUGCCCUCCUGUCUUAUUAUUUAACUAUUUAACCUUCGUUCCCUGUCUUUGCCCUUUGUAGCGUAGGGCUAAACCCCCAGUACAGGCUGUUCCACUCCCGUCUACCGCCAUCCCGCUCAUAUGACCGUGGGUCCCAGAGUUCACAGCGUCUAAGCCACAACCGGAGCCGGCCCUCAGGUUUAGAGGGCCCCAAACACGAAUGUUGUGGCCCCAAAGUGCUCCACCCAAAAGCACACCCACCUUCCUUUGUGUGGCCCAGGGAUGACUGUUGUCCUGACUGACUGCCUGCUGUGUGUGUGCCAGGCUGCAGUGUGUGUGCCAGGCUGCAGUGUGUGUACCAGGCUGCUGUGUGUGUGCCAGGCUGCAGUGUGUGUACCAGGCUGCAGUGUGUGUACCAGGCUGCUGUGUGUGUGCCAGGCUGCAGUGUGUGUACCAGUGGCUGACUCUGUGUGUGUGUGUGUGUGUGUGUGUGUGUGUGUAUGAGCAUGUGCACGCCUGGUGGUUUGUGCGAUCCGCACGUGGCCCCACCCCCCCGGGCAACGUCCCUGCCUUAUCCACCCAGAUUAGGCCACUUUAAACCCAGGACAAGCUGUUCCCCUGACAACACUGUAAGACAGCCUGUGGGAGGGAACAGAACACUGGCAGCAGCCAAUGGAGGGCUGUCAUGUGGGCGGGGCCAGGGCUGAGGCUGAGCUGGUGUGGAGCCAUCUGUAAUACUUUCUUUCUUUCUCUCUUUUUUGCCCUCCACCUCACUCUCUCAUCCAUCUUUAUCUCUUUUGUCUUCCUAGCAGAAGGAGGUGUCAUUUACUCCCCUUUUCUCUCUUUGAACGAGACAAAAAAGCACUAAAAACUCCCCCCCACACCCUCUCACUUUCAGCCUUUCAGAAAAUAACCUGCACAGAUUUCAUUCCCUCCCCC